AUGUGUCCGCCUGACCCUGACGCCGGAACUCGUCGACGGUGCGUGACUACUCCCGCGAGCUUUCGAAGCACGGGCAGCCGAUGGCUGCGUGUAAGCUUAGCCCUCCUCUUGGCCAUGCUUGCCUCUGCUUUUUCGGUCGACCUGAUCACCAAAGCACUACGAGCUUGGGGUGAUGCGAAGCAAAGCAGGGCCCAGCACUUGCCCCAUGUCAAGAACUUGACGGCAGGCCGGACGGCUGUGCCACGGGUCGCCCCGCUGGCCUAUUCUUCAUUUUUCACACUGUUGGCGUGCACCAGGGAGAGAGUCUGACAGGAGGCAGGGCUCUGCUUGUCGCGCAUGGUCUUCCUGGUGGCAUCGGCAGAAGCGUGUGGGCCUCUAUGUGUUGGACCCCGAGAAAAUCUAGUCCUGGUGGCUCAUUGCGCUGGCUGUCUGAUCGCGUGGCUGUUGGUUCAUCAUAUUGCUACGACCAGAUGACGCGACUGCCACUGCGGUCGCGGCAUCAGUGGGCGGCACUUGGGCCCGUUUUACGAUUGCUGAAGCGAAGUAUUCGUAGAUCGCAGCGGCCCCUCGGUCCUCUUUCAGCCCGGGCUUUUGCUGUUCUUUUCGUUCAGCGCUGAUCAUUCACCGGGGCCUCAUCCCGGUUGGUCUUGGGCGUGCUUGUUCUCCUCUUGCUUUCGAUGCUAUCAGCAAGGGGCCCGCGAUGAAUAUCCACGCCGCGGCGGUGGGUAUGGUCAUGGAAAUGGCCGGCUUAACAGGUGAGAAAGGGCGCCCCAAGUCUCUGGAUAGCGAAAAAGCUGGACAGUAUUCGACCUGUGUCGGAGGUGCUUGCGCGGCACUGGGUGGCGGUAUGGACAUCCACGGCUUCUGCCAGCUCGGGCGUUGGAAAUCCAUCCAGACUGGAGAGCACUACUCCCAACGGCCGACCGCUCGCCCAGACUCGACGCUGAUGGAGUGGCCGAGCAAGAGGCCGACGCGUCACUUCCCAUGAGCGACGGCGGGUGGCACCAGGCCAAGUCGGGAAGUAACAGGAGGCAAAUGGGGCGUGAGGCUAGUAGCUCUCCCCUCUGUCGAAGCAGUUGGGAGCGCCACGCAGUGAAGCUAAAAAGGUGCUCUACGCGGCCUUCCUCGUUACUGUAUCCAACGCCGUUCCGAAUCUUGUUAAAAAUAUUAUCUAACCAGCAAGCGUGAAUACAGUCAGCGCCCACCGACUCCUCAGGCCAUCAACUACCGCGAGGCAGUGUUCUCUUUUCUUUCGUUUCUUUUAUCUAACCAGCAAGCGUGAAUACAGUCAGCGCCCACCGACUCCUCAGG